UAUCCAGAUGUUGUCCGGAGCAUAUUUUCUACAUGCAUGGAGGAAUUUUAAUGUUACUUGAUAGAAUGGUCCACCACCAUGAGACGUAGUGCCCUGCACAUGAACCAAGUCUCUAGGUCAAAGGUGAAGGUCACAGUUAGAGCUCAUAGCAAAACGCUUGUCUGGAGCAAAACUUCUACAUGCAUAGAGGGAUUUCAAUAUAAUUUGGCACAAAUGUUCAUCAUUGUGAGGCUGAGUGCCGUGCAUAAAAUUCAGGUCCCUGCGACCAAGGUCAAGGUCACACAUCCUGUGCAUAUCUUCCCUACUGAUUUGUUUUAAGGUUCAUUUAACAACACAGUGCCAAGGAUAAAAACUUGCUUGCUAGAUAACACUUAUCCAUAAUGCCCCCAUCUCCAUCUAAAGCUUUCGUAAACGGGCGUAUUUUGUGACUAUGGCACCCUUGUUUUAAAUUUCAGAAGGAAGAAGCAAAAGUGUGUCCAGAAGAUGUAUUGCAGGCAAAGGCUAUUGUUGGUCGCAUUGACAUGGAAUGUCCAUCACAAGCGAAAAUUAUCCGUAUCUUUACCAGCAGUACAUUUACAGAUACAAAACAAGAGAGAAACAUGUUGAUGAAGUUUGCCUACCCCAAACUAAAGGAGUAUUGCCGGAAAAUAGGUUACGAAUUUCAAGUGGUAGACAUGAGGUGGGGGAUCCGAGACGAGGCUACUGACGAUCACAUGACAACGGAACUUUGCCUCAAAGAGUUGAAACUGUGCCAGAAACUCUCAACUGGACCAAACUUUGUUUCUCUUCUCUCCCACAAGUACGGGUAUACACCAUUCCCAAGAGUGAUAGAGUCUGGAGAAUUUGAGAAAAUAUUUAAUAAUGUCGAGGCUAAAGGAGCAAAAGAUCUAUUUCAAAACGAAGAAGAGGGAAGGGAAGGUGGCAAGCACAUCACAUGGUUUGGGGAAGAGAUAACGGAAACGGAGACAGAAGAAGGGCUUAAACCCAAUAUGGCGAAAGAUCAUUUUCUCUGGCUGAAUAGAAUUAUCGAAGACAUUGAGAAACAAGAAAGCAGUUACGCUCUGUCAAGAUAUAUAGAAUGUACUGGUCCAGAAGAAAAGGUCCAAAGAGCUAGGCAAAUGUUGAAGGAAUUAAAGGAGGAUAAAUUGAAAAAAUCUCUAGACCCUACAAAAAUUCUUAAUUACAGCGUCAAAUGGAGUGCUACUGGUAUUGAUCCAAAUUCGUCGGAAGAGCACAAAAAGUACUUAGAAUCAAUGUGCGACGACUUUGUGCAACACAUGAUUGGCAUGGUGGAAAAGUCUGUAGCAGAAAAAGAAAACAUCACCGAUCCUCUGAAAGAGGAGUGCCUUCAACACAUUCGAUUCUGUCAAUCCAAAUGUGAAGGUUUUACUGGAAGAGAAGAAACAUUAGAGAAAAUCAAAAGCUACGUGACAAGUUCCGGUGCAGGAGGCAACCAGCCGCUAGUGUUACACGGAACCAGUGGUACCGGAAAAACCUCUAUACUCGCCAAAGCUGCUGAGAUGGUUAGAUCGUGGAUGAGUACACCGCCUGUUAUCAUUUUGAGAUUUUUGGGAACAUCUCCAGACAGUUCUGAUUUGAUGUCGCUGCUUUAUAGCAUAUGCUCUCAAAUAAGACAGGUCUAUAAUCUUAGACCACUGCCAAGAACACAGAACAUAACGGUACAGAUAAAUGACUUUGAAUUGAUGAUGAAGGAGAGUCGUCCUAACCUUCCUCUGGUGCUGAUCCUGGAUUCACUUGACCAGCUAGACCACGCCUACAAUGCUAGACAAAUGACUUGGUUGCUUCCCAAAUUAACACCCACAACAAAAGUGAUUCUUUCAACAUUACCGGAGCCAAUUUACCAGUGUUUCCCGGCGUUGCAGUCAGUUAUCACCACACCAGAAAAUUAUUUGGACGUUCCAGUGCUUGAAACAACAAGUGUGAAAAGUAUUCUAAAUAAGUGGCUAGAAAUGCAGAAAAGAAAACUGACAGACGAACAACAAACAAUAAUAUUGAAAGGUUUUGAAAAAUGUUCUACCCCUCUUUUCCUGAAACUAUCGUUCGAGGAAAGUACAACUUGGACAUCAUUUUAUCCGCUCGAGAAAACCGUGCUACAAUCUACUGUGCGUGAAAGCAUUGAACAUUUGUUCGAGAAAUUGGAGAAGAUGCACGGGAAAAUUCUUGUAACGAGAGCGCUAUCUUAUCUUACUUUAGCGCACAACGGAGCUUCCGAAGCUGAGCUCGAGGACAUUUUGUCGUGUGAUGAUGACGUGCUGAAUGACGUGUACAUGUAUUGGACACCCCCAGUAAGGAGAUUACCUCCCUUACUUCUUGUAAGAGUUAGGAAUGAUCUUAGUCAAUAUUUAGUUGAGAGAGGGGCAGAUGGAACUCGAGUAAUGUACUGGUAUCACCGACAGUUUACGGAAGCUGCCGAAGCCCGUUAUUGUUCGGAUCCUGAACAAAAUAAAGUCAUCCAUUCAAAUCUGGCUGACUUCUUCAACGGAACCUGGGCUAACGGUACCAAAAAGCCUUUCACAACAUCUAGAGGCCAGCUAGGUGAAGAAGAUCGUCACGUGUCCGCUCAGCCUCUGAAGUUUGGGGAGGACUACAAUAUUCGCUCCCUCAGUAACCUCCCUUACCACAGAAUUAAAGCUUGUGAUGGAAAACUUCUAGAACAGCAAUGUCUUGCUAACGUUUACUUUCUAAUGUCGAAAAUCGGAGCCAUGCCUCUGACAGCAACGUUGAAUGAUUUUGUCUCGGCGAUUGAAGCAUUUCCCGACAAUGAUCUGAUCAAGAUGAUAUAUGAUUCCAUGUUGUUAUCUCAGAAAGGUCUUGUUACUGACCCUGGACAGAUUGUUCCUCAACUUCUUGGGAGAUUGGAGGAAAAUCAUGUAAACAAAGAGUUCAUAGAUCAAUGUAGAGCAUAUCCGAAAACCUUCAUAGAACCGGGAGAAAGAAUACUAGAGAGACCAGGGGGACAACUUGUUCAUUGUGUAGCGGCUCACAGAUCUAAGAUUAGCAUGAUGGAUAUAACCAAAGAUGGCAAACUUGUUGUCACUGUUUGUGAGUUUGACCAUGAAAUAAGUCUGUGGGAUAUAAAAACAGGACGGCUUAAGAGGAGAAGUUUUGGAAUGAAACAGUGCAUGAAAGCUCUGUUUUGUUGUGGUGACAAAUUGUUAGCUUGUAAAAUGGAUAAGACUGUUUCCGUGGAGGAAGUUCAAACAGGAAAGUUGUAUUGCACUGUCAAUCUACCUUCAUCUGAAACAAGCAUAUGUGUUGCUGGGAAGGACAAGUGUUUACUUUUGGCAUUCACACAAUUUACCUGCUUUAUAUAUGAUCUCCAUGACAACGGGAACCUUAUCAAGCCUCUGUUACAUCCUGAAAAAUUGAAGUUUGGAAGCAAAAGCUUAACUGAAGUUACAGACAAUUUUGUUGCUGUUACCGACUCAGAGCAAAUAUUUAUCACCGUCCUUGACCUUAAAUCCAUGACCUUCAUGGAAAAGUUCCGAGGAUUUGACAUUAUUUAUGAUGAGGAUGGUGAAGAAAAAGAUGAGUACCCAGUAGAUGCACUUUCCAUACAUCCCGAUGAAACUCAUCUAGCAUAUACCACUGUGUUAACCAGUGAAAUCAUAUUCGCUGAUUUCCAUGGAAACAAGAUCAGAAAUAUGCUAGAGAAUGGUGACCGGAUAUUUAGUAGUAUAGAUUUUACGCCAGAUGGGAAACAUUUCUAUGUCCAUAAUGCGAAACAGCUUCAUUUCUUCAACACUGCUACUUUAGAUGAAGUCGACGUGCUAGAUAAUAGUCAAAGAUUGGUAACAUCAAAAACGGUGGACAUGAAAACGGUGAUCACUGUAGCUGCUGACUGUAAUUUACGAAUCUGGGACCUGACGAGAAGUAAACAGCCUACAACUUACAGCGCGGACAAUAAUCUAUCUCAAAAGAUAAAGUUUCUAUUUGAAUAUUGGUCAUUGGAACCUACAAGAUACAUGUUCGUAGCAGGUACAGCCACGUUAGAGUCGUCAGAUGCACUGUUUGGCGUUUAUGAUUGUAUCACGGACAAGUUUAUUAAAAUACGAACAAUGGGAAAAUUCUCUAGCUUAAGAGUUGUUCGGAAAGAUGCAACAAGGGUUUUGGUAAUACGGAAUAGAAAACUAUUUGUCAUUAAUUUGAACACGAUGGAUAUAGAGACAAAACUUCAAGGCUUCGCAAGCAAAUUUUACGAAUAUAACGCUUUCAGAUAUCUGCCUCGGAAUCAGCUAAUUUGUUAUACAAAGGCAUACAAAAACCUUAAAAUCUACGACCUAAGUACGGGUAAGGUUGCGUGCGUCUUAAGAGCGGGACAGACUAUGAAUUUAAAAUCAUUAAUUGUGAAUAGCACAGGAACAGUCGCGUGCGCAUCUUCUGAUGAAGGGCCGAUAAUUCUGUAUGAUCUUGUGGACCAAAAAGUGAUGUAUACCAUUCCUUCAAAGCCCGAUUACGACGAGUUUUUCGGUCAGUAUAAGUGGAUAAAUGCUGAAGGUACACGACUUAUUUUCAGCACGGAGGGAAUGUUACCUAAUAUGACAAAAGGGGACAGUGUUGAACAUCUCGUAGUUUGGGACAUACAAAACAAAAAAGAGUUGUUUAGAAUGUACGACAGUGUAUAUCAACAAAAAUAUAGGUCACUGAACAACAUGGAUAAAACAUCGGUGAACCACAUGGAUAAAACAUCGGUGGAAGAUCUUUGUCAACUUGACGAUCGCCGGAUGAUUACAUCGAACAGUGAUAAAAUUCUUCGAGUAUAUGAUUUGGACACUGGAAAAUUGCUGCAUAGAUUGGAGGGACAUACUACGCCAGUCCAUUUACGGCUGCACGAAAAAUCUCCAUACAUUCUCACAUUUGGACGUUUUGAGGAAGACUGCAUUCGACUGUGGGAAAAGACAACUUAUAAACAAGUUGCGACAUUCUCGCUUGAUAAAACGAUAAGGGAUUUGUUUUGGAGUGGGUGCGGGCGAUAUUUCUACACGAUGACAAGUAAACCUGCCAAGGUAUUAAGAUGGAAAAUACAUUACGGACAUAACGAGGUGCCAGAUGUCAGUUUUGAUGAAGAUUCCCAAUCUAUGUUCUCAUCGAAAGCUGAAUUUGAACCAUUAGAGAUAGAAAUACCGGAGGAUGUCAAAAUCCCUACUGAAGAGGGAGAUCCCGAUGACGAUGUUGAAGAACCGAGCGAUGAUGAGGACGAUGACGAUGUUAAAGUACCGAGCGAUGAAGAGGACGAUGUUGAAGUACCGAGCGUUGACGAAGACGAUAACCACGGUGACGAUUAAAUACAACAGUUCAUAUUUUCACAUGUCUUCAUCAACACAAAUUUGGGCACAUCGUCACCAAGCGAUGGCGACAAUGAUAAUUUAUAAUUGCAAAAAAAAUUAUUUUAAUAUUUUUACAAAUUGUCAUCAAGCGAUGUGGAUGACGAUAAAUACAGUGAAAGUGAUUGAAUGCAUGGAAGUAAUUCGUAGUUUGAUAUGGCUUACGGGAAUGCGGUCAUAUCAUCAUAUUUGUGACAUCAUAUGUCAUCAUUCAACAAGAAAUACACACGAACCGUUAUCUGUGAUAAAAUUUUAUAUACGAACUGACUCCACACAUCUAAUGAUGAAAAGAAUGAUAAAAAUACCUUUAGGAAGAAAAAUAGGUAAAACUGAUGUAUUUUCAUUAAAUAUUCAUUGAUAAACCUUUAUUAAGAUAUUAAAAAUUCUAUUAUCGCACAAAAUUAAACUUUUUAGAAUACCAAUCAUUUACUAGACAUAUUAUACAUCUACUAACAUACAGAAUUUACUACAUACAUUAUUGAUUUAUGACGUGUAACAUAUAUGUAGCAUAUGCAAUACUUUAUUUCAGGGUAAACAUUUGUUUCAUUUUACUUUAUUUACGUUUUAUCAAUUUUCAUUUUCAAAUGUCAAACUAUUUACUAAACUUGGUGAUACUUUACAUAAAAGACUGCAUAUUCAUACAUUUUAUAAAACACUCGAGCUAUAUUUUUUUGAACAUGGGAAGAAUGUUUUUUUCCAGUUAGAACUUAUAACUAAUGCAUUUAUAUAU